UUCGGGAGCAUUUUGGCUCCAGGGCAGCCGUUGAAGAAGAACAGAAUGUGGAGAUGUGGAAAUUUUUGUGGAGUCCCGAUGCCUACAUAAAAGACGAGCAGCUGCUUGAAGAAAUUUCUAAUUUAAAGGAUUAUCAGCUUUUAACAGAUAGGCGCAAGCUUACGGACGGGAAUGUGAUGUUUCUCGAAAACUGGAGGGAAUUUAAAGAUAAGGCUACUGUCACUCCCCUUGCAAGGAAAAAAUUUGACGAUGCCCUCACUCAGAUACGGAAAGAAGUAGCAAGGUGGGAGGCAGAAGAAAGGGCGAAGCAGAGGGCAGAAGAAGAUGCGAGGCAGGAUACUGAAGAAAAGACAACCAAACUGGAGGGAUUCUACGAGUCUGUGUACGGUGCGAAGUGGGGCCAUGUCUUGGGGUUUUAUGACAAUAAGAUUUUUGAGGACCGAAUGGAGAUACAUGAGGGAAAACCACCGCAGUCAUGGACUUACAAGACGGAAGGUCUAACUUUCGAAAAGGAUGACGGUGUGGAGCAGUUCAGACCGCCACGUCCCAGGCUGAUGGUGCUCACCUCGGACAAGGGAUGGCCGUACUCGUGGAGGGAGAAUAAACCCAUUGUUGACUGUUAUGUGAACUGUGAGGUGGAGCGAGCGUGGCGGAUCGUCAAGGACGAUCUAAAAGGCUUGUCUGGCACUUACGGUGGGUACGGCCCCACGCUUAGGCAGCGUAUCUUGAUUGGAACGCCCGGGAUCGGGAAUUCGAUGAAUGCCGGUUCGUACCUUCUCUACCAGCUGCUGCACUCCAAUGCCGAGAAAAUCCAAGUGGUUGUCCACUGUUUUGGAGAGGAUGAGGCCUACGUCUUUGACAAAACCACCAAGACGGUGACAAAAUACGUGGGUAGUGAAGCAUCCGAGAGUGUUGUGUCGAGUUUGUCGCAGCGUGGGAUGAAAGGGUAUAUAAUCUACGACGUGCCAACGAAUGGGUCACAGCUGCCGAUAAGUUUUUCGCCCUCCACCGGAUGGGGCACGAUUGUGCUGGCAUCCCCAAAGGUAAGGGACAUUCGUGAGUUCGUGCGUCAACGAAUUUCCCGCCAAAUCACCAUGAAUUGCCCCGAAGAGAUGGAUGUGAAGGCGAUGUGUGCAUGGAUGAAGCGCGAUUGGACUCCACAGGGGCAAGAGAAAUACUGGAGGAUGGUCUCCCAUCAAAUGCUUUUUCUGGGGCCGAUUCUGCGUUACAUCUUUGAUGCGAAAGACUUCAGUAAACGAUAUAAUGAACUUGAUCGUGUCUUGAGAUCGAUAAAAUCUCGGGAUGAUGUAGUGUGCGUUACAUAUGAAGCAGUUACGGCAUGGUUUACCGAGAAUCCGUUUCACAAACUCAUGUAUGUUAAACGAGAAAAAGGAAGAUUUGGUGCCGAGGAUUUUAAGACCGACUUAUUAUCUCGUCACCUCGCGGAUCGAGCAGCUUCCUCUGUGCUAAAGAUAAUCCCCUUGAAAAAGCUUUUUGGUUUUUAG